AUGUUCACAUCUCUCUCAUCACGAACAGCUGCCUCCCUUGUUCAAUCCUCCCGCACCCAGCUCCGUCAAUUGCCUUCUCGAUCCAAAUACUUCCAUUCUACUCCCGCCAACAUGGUCAAGGUCGGCGACUCCAUCCCGAGCAUCGAGCUCUUCCGCGCGAACCCUGGUGACAAGGUCAACAUUGCCGACGCUACCAAGUCUGGCAAGUCACUCAUCAUUGGUGUCCCCGCCGCCUACUCUCCCGGCUGCUCAGAGACCCAUAUUCCUGGCUACCUUGGUCAACCCGAGAAGCUCAAGGAGUACAGCGGUCGCGUCUACAUCGUUUCUGUCAACGAUGCUUUCGUCAUGAACGCCUGGGCCAAAACCUUCGAGAACGACCUCAAUGUGAAGCUGACUCAGAAGUCUGGCGAGCCAAUUGCUUCCUUCCUUGGUGAUGCCGACGGCUCCUUCACCAAAGCCCUUGACAUCCAGUUCGAUGCCAGCCCUCUCCUCGGUAACCAUCGUGCCAAGCGCUCUGCGAUCCUCGUUGAGGAUGGCAAGGUCACCAAGGUUGCGAUUGAGCCCGACAACACUGGUAUCACCGUCUCCUCGGUCGAGAAGUUCCUUGCCUAG